AUGGUCGAAUUUAUCGGGGUGGUAGCUGCGGUUACCCAGCUUGCGAGAUAUGGCUUCGAAAUCGCCAAUGGCGUUCCAGAGAUCGGGAGGCGAGUGCGCAACGCCCCAGCCUUGCUGCGCCAAUGGGACGACCACGCAUCACUACUGGUCAGCCUUACCCAGACACUUCACACUUACCCCAAUCUUGUACAACACGUGCCAAAGGAUAUCAUUGAUCGACUGAAUGAUGAGGCUGGAAAGGUCUCGUCGCUUCUAGAAGAGCUUGGGGUUGCCACCAGCGACGGAAGAUUCUGCAAGAUAAAGAAGCGGGUCACCACCGUGAGAAAGGAGAAGGAAAUUACCGCUGCUUUACUCUCUAUCAGUCAGAGAGUGGGCGCUUUGCAGGCGUACCUUCUCCUCUGUUCCCCGCACGUUAGGAGCAACCUCACGAUAGGCCAGCACAUGCUCCAGCGUCUCGAUUCUGACGACAGCAGUCCAAGGCUGGUGCAAACAUUCAUAGGCCCGUCGAAGCCUCUCAUGUGGAUGGAUCAAACACGUCGCAACCUAAACUUUGUCGGACAAAAAUAUCUACUUCAAACGCUUCUGGACAAGAUCGAUGGCGCUCAUGGCGCCCGUAUCGCCAUCUCUGGGAUCGGCGGAAGUGGGAAAUCAGAAGUUGCCGUUGAAUUAGCUCAUGAGGUCCAUGAAAGGUCGCCAGAUCUUUCUAUUUUCUGGUUAAAUGGAUCACGCAAAGAGCUCCUGGUUUCCAGUUUGCGGGUGAUCGGGAAUCUUGCGAACGUCGUGCCAUGCGAAGCGUCAAAGGAAGACUAUAUCACCCAAGUAGCCUCGUGGCUGGACUCAGGCUCUUCCGGUUCAUGGCUGAUGAUCGUCGAUAAUAUCGACAUCGCCACCACCACGGCAGAGUUCUUGCGUGAAAUCCUCCCUAGUAAUCCGAGCGGCUGCAUCGUAUUCACGACAAGGAACCGGAAGUUUGCUCUGGAUCUCGUGCAUCCAACCCACCUUGUUGAAGUGCCGCCGAUGAAUACUGUGGACGCUUGUGAUCUCUUCCUUUCGUACACUGGGCCAGGGCUAGGCAACCAGGAAGAAGCCACAACCAUAGUGAGCAAGCUCGACUGUCUCCCCGUCGCCAUCGUUUGUUCUGGCAACUAUAUCCGAUCAACGUCGAGCAGCCUGCAAGACUUUCUUACACUGGUAGAAUGCGAAUCCAACAUCCUCCCAGUGACUAUGUCUGGUUCUAGGGCGCCAGUUCUCUCUUCAACUGGACUUUACAAAGCGACACCAUUGCACCCAGUGAUUGAUAUCGAGGUAAUGACGAUGCAGAAUAUGUCUCUGCAGCGGAUCAUUUUUGUCAUAGCUUGUCUACACAAUUCCGCCAUUCCCGCAGAUAUACUUUCAAAGCUCGCAGAUACGUCAGAGCUAAAAGAAGCGCUUCUUCUGCUCAGAGGUUAUUACGUCAUCCGACCGGUCGCUUCAAGCACUGCUUGGCAAAUGAAUUCAUUUGCGAGGGCUAUCACCAGAGGACACCUAACGGGCGAUCCUCUUCGCGUCGACCACGUAGUAUCCGCUCUUCAGCUAGUAGCACGUAUAUUCCUUUCGACUCCCGACCCACACCCGAAGACUGGCUACGCAUGCGAUGGACACGCCGUCUCAGUGAUCCGCACAAUCAUCCAGCUUGUCUCAGUCCACGACCUUCCACCGUCAAGUCUCCUUUUGAUGGUCUCACUGGGCAUGCAACUAUGCCAGUACCUCGUUGGGCAUGGGAGAGCUGGUGAGGCUUCCGAUCUAAUUGCAAGCGUUCUCAAAUGGGCGACUUCGAUUUCACGCUUUGGCUCAUCUGCCCUCGACCCGUUGCGCGGCAAAUUUGGAGCCCUGCAGCACAACGUUGGCAGAUUCGAAGCAGCCGAACUGGUAACCACCGAAGUUCUACGGUCUCAGAUCUAUACUAUCGGUGAGAAGCACGCAGACACGCUACACAGUCUCAACAACCUCGGCGUAAUCUAUCAAGACCAGGGACAUUACCAAAAGGCGGAGAACUACCUCACGAAAGCGCUUGAGAUGAAAGAGCGGGUCUUCGGAAAACAGCAUCCAGAGACUCUCGUCACCAUCAAUAACCUUGCGCUCUCGUUACAGAGUCAGAACAAACAUAGGGACGCGGAAGAGUUAUUCUGUAAAGCUCUGAGAGGACGUCGGAGACUUCUACCAGCGGAUCAUUUCGAUGUCCUAGUCAGCAUGGGCAAUUUGGGCGUGUCAUAUCGGCUACAAGGGCGAAUCGACCAGUCAAUGAAGAUGCAUCAAUCCGCGCUCACCGGAUGGGAGCAGAUGUAUGGGUUCCAGCAUCCAGAGACUCUCAAAAGCAAGGGCAACUUAGCGCUACUACGUAACGACCUGGGCCAGCACGCAGAAGCAACGCAUCUACUACGCGAGCUCGCCCAAGCAUACAAAGAGACGCAAGGACAGACUCACCCGGAUACGAUAAAGACGCUGCAGAACCUAGCUUCUCUACUGUAUCAACAAGAGAGGUACCGCGAGGCCGAACUUGUCAUGUCCGAGCUACUUGCGAUACUGGAAGAGAAGCACGGCAAGGGCAGCACUCAAACCUUCGAUGCCCUGCAGUACCUGGCCACUCUUUUCCAUCUGCAGCACAAAUAUGAAGAAGCUCUUGAAAUUGUCACCUGGCUUUUCGAGGCGAGAAGCGAGACCCUGGGAAGUGAGCAUUCAGCAACCAUCUGUAGUGCUAAGCACAUGAAAGAGUUAGAGGAAGACAUGAGGAAAUACGGGAGAGUCGAUUCUUGUGUUUGCGUGGUUACCAUAGUUUCUUAA